CGUUUAUACAGCGCUCUGUGGCCAGCAAUAGCGGAUGCUAUUGAGCAGUUUUUGUUUACAACGAGUCAUCCGCCAACACCGCUGAAUGCAGAAGAAAGGAAACGACACGAAUACAUCGACUGUCAACUGAUUGAGCUGAUUCGUACUGAGGUGCUGCCUUAUGCGAGCAAAUUGCCGUCAGAUUUCAACAAACGUAUAAUAGAUGUGCUGAACCGUGGAUCGAUCAGUACAUUAGAUGCGAAUGAUGUUUUAGCUUCCUUGAAGUUGCAUUCAACUGCUGCUGCUGCAUGCCCUUUGUAA